AUCUCUCGAUCUCUAUCAACACAAUAACAUGAAGUGCUCGAAGAUCAUCUUUUUGUUUGCAACGGUUAUGGCUUUGGCCAUUACUGUGUCUGCAACAUCAGACCACGAAGAAUUGCUACUUGAUGAUGAUAAUUAUGAAGUCAUUGGAACCGAAACUUAUGAUAAUCCAGCAUUGCUAGAGAGCCAAAAACCAGCUUCACUUAGAGGGACUGGCCGUUUUCUUGCUCAAACAUGGCGUGUCGGUGUCACAAUGACAUGCAACACGUACCCUAGAGUUUGUCGCGUCAAGGGCAGCCCGGGACCAGAUUGCUGCAAGAAGAAAUGUGUGAACGUGAAGACGGACAGGCUCAACUGUGGCAUGUGUGGACAGAAGUGCAAGUACUCUGAGAUUUGUUGCAAUGGCCAGUGCGUGAACCUAAUGUCCAACAAGAAGCACUGUGGGGGAUGCAACAACAAGUGCAAGAAAAGGGGUUCAUGCGUGUAUGGAAUGUGUAGCUAUGCAUAGAAACAUGUAUGACAUAUAUAUAUGAAGCAUUUGUGCAGCUAUAUAUACCGUACUAGCUCAAUUUGUGUAUGUAGAUACAAAGAAUAAGUUAA